AUGGCAUCCGACGAUAAUUGGCGCACGCAGAGCUCCCGUCAAGGAAUUGUCGCAAAAAUUGAGGAAGUGAUCCAACGAUCAGGCAUGCAAGUGGCACGUAAUAGCAGUGAGAUGGAGAACCAUGUGUUUAUGAAAGCUAAAACUAGAGAGGAUUAUAUGAAUAUGAUUGCAAAACUAAUUUUACAUGUGAGAGAAAUGUCACAACCAAAGCAAAAUCAGGGAGCACCGAACAUGCAAGGCCCAAACCAAAAUCAACAGGGGCCUAACCCCCAGGUACAAAACCAACCUGGACAACAACCACAGGGGCCGAGCCAACCAGGAAUGGCAACAGAUCCUAUAAAUGCUCUACAGAAUAUGGCCUCUCAGGGCACAAGAAAUCAGAUGAUGAACAUGGGGCAGGGGCAAAUGCAACAGCAAGGAGUCAUGGGGCCUAACUCAGGAAUGAUGCAGGGGCAAAUGGGGCCACAGGGACCAAUAGUCUCUCAAGGUGGUCCACAAUCCCAAACAGCAACAAACUUACUCCAGACUUUAAACCAGAGACCUCAGUUAAACAUGCAAUUGCAAUCCAAACUUGGGGGGCCCAUGGGAAUGGUGCCGAAUCAGGGACAGAUGGGGGGAAACAUGGUGGGAGGAAUGGGAAUGGGGAACUCUAUGGCUCAACAGCAAGGGCAAAUGGGAGCUGGUAUGCAAACAAUGAUGCCAAAUAUGUCAAUGUCUAAUAUCAUGGUGCCAAUGUCUGGGAAUAAUAUGGGCCAGAUGCAGUGUAACCAGGUUGUUGGGGGGAUGAGUGGGCAAAUGGUGCCAGGUUCAAUGCAGGGACAAAUGUCCAAUCAAAUGGUUGGUGGCAUGGGCAACAGUCAAAUGGUGAAUAUGAACAUGCUUCAAAUGCACAGCCGGGCUGGGGGCAAGCCUGACGUGCUCAUGGGCGGGGGGUACACGGCGCGUGCGCCGCCUCCCAGUCAGUUCCUACGACAGAGCCCAUCGCCGUCCGCUUCUUCGCCUAACAUGGGUGGACCUAGUCCUGUAUCUAUGGGUGGAGGAGUUUUGAGUGGAGCAUUGGCUUCUCCUAUGUCUAGUCUGGGAGGCUGCGGAGGAGCAGCUGGCAGCCCAUCACCAUCUGCCCCACAUAUGGGGUUGCAACAACGUGUGAACAUGGGCAUGGUCGCAUCUCCUUCGUCCUCUCUAAACACCCCCGUGGGUGCUAGCGUGGCCUCCCCGGGGGGUGAAGAGGCAGCCUACCGAGAGAAGGUGCGACAGCUCUCCAAGUACAUCGAGCCUCUGCGGCGCAUGGUCAUGAGGAUGGUUAACGAGGGAGAAAAUGUGGAGAAAUUAACGAAGAUGAAGAAUCUCCUCGAUAUCUUAUCGAACCCCAAUAAACGGAUGCCACUAGAAACCCUCAUCAAGUGUGAAGUAGUUUUGGAAAAGCUGGAUUUCAAGCGAAGCGAAGGUGUAGGCUUGGGACUUGGGCUUCCACCAGCUGGAAAGGAACAAAUCUUCAAUCCUCUCCUGGAGGUGGUAAACAACUGUCUCUCGAGUCCACUGGCAAAUCACACCCUCAAAAGAACUUUUGGAUCCACCCUCGAUGCAUUAAAUGGACCAGAGAUUAAAAAUUUACCAGCGCCACAGAAACUCGCCAAAUACGAAGAGCCAACGUCGGAUAUACCUGAUGUGUUGCAAGGCGAAAUCGCCAGGCUCGACUCGAGGUUUAAGGUAUCACUGGAUCCUCUACAACUAAUGGGGGGCGAAGGCGCCAUUACUCUUACUGCGCAAUUAGAUGACGCCCGCUUACCAUGUGUCGCGGCUGUCCAUGUGUCGGUGCCGAGAGAUUAUCCAUUAUCUGCCCCUGCACGGCUACGCCCACGAGCGUCACGUCCAGAUCAGCCGCACCCCUUUUUGGCGAGGGUCGAACGCGCGAUGGACGCUAGAUGUGCUAAAUUGCCCAAGCGAUGCUCAGUCGGUGAACUAUUAAACGCAUGGGAAAUGAGCGUGCGACAAGCGUGCGCACCCAACACGAUAUCGUACACGCCCGUACCCGCACUCGGUCUCUAA